AUGACAGAAUCAAAAGGUAACGUGCCAACAUACAACCUAGUAAAAUUAUUAAAGAGAUUAGAAGAUGCUACUGCAAGAUUAGAAGAUGUAACUUUAUAUCAAGAAGGUUACGUCCAAUCUAAGAUCGAAGCUCUAGGUAAGUCUACCGCUACUGACUCUCCUGCCAGCAAAACUAUCUCAACUCCUGCUGCUCCUUCUGCAGCUACUGCUACACCAGCACCAGCUGCCGAGGAAGAUGUCCCACACUCUAUCGAAUACUUUGAGCAAUUAAUAAAUGAUCAUGUUAAACCAUUGACAAAGUUAGCUACAGAGAUAGAUCCUGUUGUGCAGAGUGCAACUGAAGAAUUUGAAGCAGCAUUUGUGUCACAAUUAGAAUUUUUGAAGGCAGCUGUUAAGUCUAAGAAACCAGAUUUAACUUCGCCUGAAUUUGCAAAUGCUUUGAAGCCAGUUAGUGAAAAGAUUAUGAAAAUUGGUGAAAUAAAAGAUACCAAUCGUCAAAGUAAAUACUUCCCACAUUUGAAUGCAUUAGCAGAAGGUGCCCCAUUAUUCUCCUGGGUCACUGUCGGUAAGCCAGCUCCUUUAGUUACUGACUUCAAAGAUGCUGCUCAAUUUUGGACCAAUAGAGUUCUAAAGGACUUCAAAGCAUCUGAUCCAAAAUCAGUUGAAUGGGUUAAACUAUUCUCGAACGUUUUUGAUCAAUUAAAAGACUAUGUUAAAGAUUUCCAUAAUUCAGGUGUUUCUUGGGCUUCAAACGGUCUCGACUUGAGCAAGGCUUUAGAAGGCGUUUCUUCAUCUACCCCAGCCCCAGCCGCUGGUGGCCCUCCUCCUCCUCCUCCACCACCACCUGCUGCUGUCUUUGAGAUUAAUGACACUACCGCACCAAAGGAAGAAGGUGGAUUGGAUGCUGUUUUUGCGCAAUUGAACCAAGGUACAGAUAUCACCAAGGGUUUGAAGAAAGUUGACAAAUCUCAACAAACACAUAAAAAUCCAGCUUUACGUGCUUCUUCUUCAGUGCCUGUUUCUGCCAAAACUCCACCACCAAAGCCUAGUAAGCCUAACACUUUGAAGACUAAGAAACCACCAAGAAAGGAAUUAGUAGGAAAUAAAUGGUUUAUUGAGAACUUUGAAAAUGUUCCAGAACCAAUUGUUAUCGAAACCAAUAAAGACGAAUCGGUUUUUAUUGGUAAGUGUACUGGUACUAUUGUUCAAUUGAAAGGUAAAUUAAACGCUAUUACUAUCAGUGAAUCAGAUUCCAGUAGUGUUAUCCUAGACUCAGCUAUCUCUGGUUUAGAAAUUAUAAAAUGUACCAAAUUUGGUAUUCAAGUCGAGCAAUCAUUGCCUCAAAUUACUAUAGAUAAAUCAGACGGUGGUAGUAUUUAUUUCUCAAAGGAAUCUUUAAAUACUGAAUUAUUUACUUCAUCAACUACAUCAGUCAAUGUUAACUAUCCUGUAGGAGAAGACGAUGAUUAUGUUGAAUUCCCAUUACCAGAACAAAUUAAACACAGUUUUGGAGACAAUAAGUUACAAUCAUCUGUUUUUGAACAUGUUGGUUAA